UAAGGCAUCACACCUGAUCCAGAACUCACUAGCAUGAGGGUGUCGGCCAGUGAGAAGCCUGGUGUUUUGGGUGCCGUAAAGCGGUUCUGGCAGAGAUCGUACGCGGCCGACUAUGUUGGCUUCACGCUCCUAGUGACUGGAUACGUGCUGGUUCAAUUCUUGGAGCCAUUCCACCGCAUGUUUUCCUUGGACGAUCAUGCUAAACAAUAUCCUCACGCUCUGGUUCAGAGAGUGUCGGCAGGGCAGAAUAUCUUAUAUGCGGGCGUCGGCCCACUCUCAAUCCUUCUGCUGUGGGCAGUGAUAAUCCGACCUGGAUUCCACAAAGCCCACGUGACCAUAUUUGGCCUAUUCAUCAGCUUGUUCUUGACGUCGCUCCUGACCGACAUUAUUAAAAACGCCGUGGGCAGGCCACGACCAGACCUGAUUGCGAGGUGUAAACCGAAACCCGGCACGCCAGAACACGAACUGGUCACCAUCUUGGCUUGCACUGAAACCGACCACCAUAUCUUACACGAUGGGUGGAGGAGCUUUCCCAGCGGUAACAGCAGCUGGGCAUUCGCCGGUCUGGGGUAUUUUGCUCUGUUUCUCGCCGGUCAAUUUCACAUUUUCCGACCACGGACGGAUCUGGCGAGAGUUCUCAUCACCCUCACGCCAUUGGUUGGCGCCGGGCUCAUUGCCAUGUCAAGACUGGCCGACUAUAGGCAUGAUGUGUUUGAUGUGACUGUGGGCAGUAUUCUGGGCAUGUUGGUGGCUUGGUUUUCGUAUCGACGCUACUACCGACCAUUGAAACAUCCCCAGUGUCAUGAACCAUAUCCCAGCCCAUGGGAGUACGCCAAUGGCGGGGGAACGAAAAGAUCCAAGGAUAUUGAGACACAGGCGGAGGAUCACUUUUCCCUCGACGACCUCUCCGAGGAUGAAGCUCAAUCGUAUCCUCUGACACAACAAACCACUGAGAGGGUUGGGACGAAUUCAAAUACUCGACAGAGCCAUCCACCAUAGUAUGGGUUCAAAGGUCGAUUGCUUGCUAAUUGGAACGCUCAAAUGGAUGCCAUAUCAAAUACAGUAUGACAAUGUGACAGGGUUUUUCAUAUCCAGGGAUCUUCUGUGGCCCUAUCACGCUUCCUACCCAGCCAGCGCCUUGAAGAGAAAUCAUUCCAUAUAUUCAAUCCUCAUUCGCAGUCAUGAUUCAUAUAUCUUG